CUGCCAAAGUCUGCAAAAAGCUCCAGUACUGUUUGGUAAAGUAAAAAUCAGGAUACACCGUAUCUGUUUUGAGUUCCUCUGAAAAAACCUGUUACAGUCUGGCCUUGCGUAGUAUGCCACUGUCGUUGCGUAGUGUGCCACUGUCAUUGAGGAAGAAUAUGAACACCAUGAUCAUGGUCAAGUAGAGGAUGGUAGUGGUGGUGAUCUGUAGCUUGGAAAAGAAGUAGUGCACAUCGAAGACUCACAAGACAUCUCACCCAUUGAGCAUGAUUGGGAUGCUCGGGAUCCACGUGCACAACAGUGGGUAUGAGUUCCCGCCAAUAUCCAACAACUUCGCAAAACCAUCGAAGAGGAGCGGGACAACAUUCCACAGGCCUCAAUCAACAACCUGAUCAACUCUAUGCUAAGGAUCACAUUGUUGUUGUGGUCGUAGAAGAGUACAGAGAUGGGACUGAGCUUGGUGGGUGCGCAGCACGCUUUGGGAACCUCAUCCGGCUUCAAAAGGGUUCGCGGACGUCGGGAGGUGGACAGCGACAGCGACUUCGAAGAGGAAUCAACUGUACUGGAUGAGGUCCAGUUGGAUGUGCCACUGCUGCCAGUUAUCCUUCAUGUCCAGGAUGCUGCUAUCAUCCUCGAGAAUGUGCCAGAUGUGCUGACUAUCCUUGAGGAGGCCACUGGUAAUUGGCAGCUGAUACCGAUUAGGUUCAGCCCCCUGUACUGUGGGCCUGUUGUGAUCAGGAAUAAUGCCGGUCCGGUGGCUAAAGCCUGGAGAACAUUCCAGUUCAUCAGCCCCUCUAUCACCUACAUGCGUGGGGGAUCCCAGCAGGUGGUGGUGAGGAUGCACCAUGUGAGUAGGGUUCGAGGCCUGGAGACUCAACUGGUGUGGGCCAUCUCCAAGGAGACAGCCAGGCUUAGUCCAGAGGGCAUCCCCUACUGUGCCACCAAUGUGCAGUCCGUCACUUGGAUCCAGUAUGUGGCUGGCAGGGUGACCCAGUAUGCGUCUCACCUCCGCCACGAGACGUCUGUGGAUGUGACGUUUGGCUGCUACCAGCAGACUGAUGUCUCGGUGGUGUACGCCACUCUCCACAUGGGGCUGGAUGGGCUGCUCUCCUCCUCGGGGGGGUCGGAGGCUGCCUCCGUCUCUACGCCCACCAAUCAGCAGUUCACUGAGCCAGAGCCUGAGGGCCACAACUGCUAUGAGGGCUGGGAGGAGGACCUGCUGCCUGAGGAGAGGGAGGUUCCUCUGCUAAACCUCUACCUUACCACCAAGAGAGUGGAGGACAUCGCCCUGAGGCUCGUCUCCCUGCGCCAGGCCUUCACUACACUGCUUGGUUCCACCCUGGGCAGGAACCAUCUGUUUGUGGCAGGAAAGGUCCUAAUGGGUGCACUGGUUCAGGCCCACCACAUGGACGAGGCCGAAUUCAUCCGUGCCUAUAAUGACUUUGUGGACUACCUGAGUGACCCCUCCAAGAAGAUUGACAUUGAGAGGGAGCUGGCUGAGGCAAAGAUCCAUCAUGUUAACCUGAUAGAUGUCCUCUUUGAACUGGUGCUGUUUGGGUUGAUGACAGCUCAGAAGUCCCUGAUGGUGCACCCUGGUGGGUUCAUGGAGCGUCUGUACACUCUCCUGUACUCCUUCCUGCCCGCUGCUGCCAGCAUUGAGCCAAAGGCUGAGAGAUACCUGCUGCUGCUCAAUGGUGGGCUGAUGGCUCUGCUUGAUGACAUGUUUGGGCAGCAGCUGGCCUGGUACUUUAACCCAGAAUCUCUGGUCACUGAGCUCUCCAGCCUCCUGGAGUACCACCUGGAGAACCUCAUGGCCAGCAUGUAGUCCUACUGCAGAGAUCUGAAAGGCCACUCUCUCUCUCUCCGUCCAUCUCUCUCUGUCCAUCCAUCUCUCUCUCUCUCUCUCUCUCUCUCUCUCUCUCUCUCUCUCUCUCUCUCUCUCUCUCUCUCUCUCUCUCUGUCCAUCUCUCUCUCUCUCUCUCUCUCAGGAUUUGAGGACUUGAAGUGCUUCGUUGAACCUUGAUUAGUUAACACCACAUUCAAUUAAUGUAUUCUCUUGUUUUCUC